AUGGUGUUAGGGCAUAGUCAAUACCAGCCAGACCUCCAGGAGCAUCAGUUUCUCGAAGAGCACUACCAACAGCAAACAGAGACUUCUCAGCCCUCCGGUCAAGCUGUUGCUCGAAGGAAAUUUGCCAAACCUCCCGUCAAAGUAGCCUGUCUGGCAUGCCGAGCCUCCCGCACGCGAUGUGAUGGGCAAGAGCCCUGCUCAAGCUGCGCAAACAAAGGAAAAACGUGCUCAUAUCUUCCCAGCAAACGUGGAGGACCUAGAAAGAAGAGAGCCACUGCUCCAACGUCUGCUCCUGAUGACCUCGUUCAAGAUAGCUCAUGGGAACCCCCCGCCGUUCAACGUACUCAUUAUGACGAAGGUGAGCAGAGGCCGGUCCUGUCUCUGAUCCGAUUACACAUUGACUUUGGAAAAUCAGCCGAUGGAGUUUUUAGUCAAAUUGAUCCUCUGUCCUUGCCCGGGGCUGGCUUGAGACAUCUCGACUUUGCCCCGGAGGUGCAAGGUAUGUUCGCUGGAAUGUUUGCUCCUCCUAGUGAAGGAAAUCCCCCGGCUGUACCGCAAGUAUCCCCGACCACAAGUGGUAAGCAGCCCACGGUAAGAGCCUACGGAAGCGAACAAGAGAUAUUGAAUGCGUACUACGAGUUCAUUCACCAAUACUUGCCGAUAUUGCCCCCAAGAAUAUCUCAACCUGGUCCAGAUCUGCCGUUAGAAGAUGCAGGCUCUCAUUCAAACUCACCGUCUGACGAAGUCAGCCUUGUGUACCAGCCAAUCUCUCCACUUAGCUGCGCAAUCUCCGCGAUCCUUGCCCUUGUUCCGCUACAAAACGUCCCAGAUUCGGCCAGUGUUAUGUUACGACGGUCAUAUGCUCAAACUUAUGCUCGGUUAGCAACAACGAGGAUUGAAGCUGAUGGGGAGAUCAUUGAUUCGGUAACCGAUCCUUCUCAGGCGUUAAAUUACGCUCAGCCAACGAUCAAUAGACAGCCAUUCCAUCCUCGAGCUCCUGUCGAAUUAGAAAGCAUCCUGGCCCUAUUGAUACUAUCUAUAUAUGAGUACGCUCAACGUGGCAACAUGAUGAAGAUGAGGUAUCGUGCCGGCCAGGCAUGGGUUAUAGCCAUGAAUUUAUCCAUCUACGCACUCGGGCCGGAGCAAGACGAGUUUACCGAAGCAAAAAGAAGAGCGUGGUGGAUGACUUACUAUUGUGUUCUUCAGGGCUCUAUUGUUAGCGUUACGCCUUCACCCGUGAUGAUCAACGACCCUCGUUUCACGACACCUUAUCCUCAGUUUGCCUCAGAUCCGGAGGGCUGGUCGAUCUUGAUUCAGGCACAACAACUGCUUAUAGCCUCCAACCAGUUCACCGUGGACCUAAACAGGUGCUUGAAGUCUCGGUCCAAUAUGCAGUGGGUAUAUGAACAAAUGAAGCAACUCGAUGUGUGGGCAUCGUCAUUAAUGACGCAAGCAAAUGCUCCAAUUGGCGUUUCCCGGUCUGGCGUUGCGGAGAUCGACACAGCUGAAAGUAUUCGGGCCAUCUCAAGAAUCAAGCUCUCUAGCGCCCAGAUAAAAACACAUCAGUUUCGAGCUUUCUCAGACCUUCCCGUCUUCAUCAAGAAGCACUAUGAUUUGUCACCUGCAAGUUCCAGGAUCAAUGAGCCAUUUCAUUUGGCGAGCAACGAAAGAGACGCCAAUCCGCUAGAAUGCCAAUGCCAUCAAUUUCAGACAUUAGACAAUAUUUUGCCCGGAGAAUUGAGCGGUCCAAGCCCAGACUCAUCGGCGGUGGCAGCUUCUGCGCCCAUUAUUCAUGCACACUAUUGCUGGCUAGGAGCCGGUUUUCCAUUCAGUACUCAGCAUUCCUCAGAUGUGUGUCUACGAGCAGCUUUGAUUAUCUCCCACAUGCUUGGUAGACUGCCAUACCCUCUCUGCAACAGCGGCCGUCGCGACUCCAGUUCCAGGCAUCAUCAACAAGGAUUUGCAGAUGCUGCAUUACUAGACCCCCGCCAACAGCUGCCACGCACAAUGCCCUACUUUGCUAGCUGCGCUAUGGAGGGAAGUUAUGCGCUGCUUAUGCUUGUCUACAAGACACGCGUUGCUAAGGAUCGAGCGUCAAAUAUAAUGUACGACGCUGGGCAUGAUCCCUCAGCUGAACGACUCAUUGAAGAAUUAAGUCAUGGCUUAGAACACAUUGUUGGCGCGGUCUCUAAUUAUUCGCAGGCUUUUGAGGCAUUAGAAGGAAUGAGAGAUAACAUCGAAAAUGCAAUUCGGACGGCGUUCUCACAACCUUGA